AGACUUUCUUUAAAACUGACCCUUCAAAUUGCAGCUCCGGACAGAUGAGGGGGGCAGUGGCCCGCGGGUAACGGAGUCAGAGAGGCUGCUGCUUUUUCAUGCCGGUCGGUAAAAGUAUGGCCAAAGAGUUCGGUGACAGCGGGACAGCCAAUGAACAUAAAUGGUGCGUCGUGACGCAACAGGGCCCCGUUGAUAAGGAGCGGAGAGUCCAACCGGGACCGGAGAAGGAGGAACGGCAGUUUUGGGGGCCCAGCAAACACUCGCCUAUCAUCAGUCAGCGUAAAGCCAACUCCUCCUCUUCUGCUGUUACGCACAUGUAUGCAGCCUCCUUGGCAAAAGACAAAACAUUAACUAAACAGACUACUGUAAAGGAAGCGGUCUCCCAAACGGCCGCCUGGAUUUUAUCAAGCAAACGCUGUUUUCUAUUUUUCUCUGCAAACCAAAAGUAGUUUGAGCGACAUAAAACAGCUGCUGUAAGCAUCAGCUUGGACUGCUGAACACGGAGGAGGGGAGAAAGCCGCUCUCACCGGUUCCCUGACAGCUUUUUUGGAAAUAUAAUUUUUGUUCUUUCUUUCUGUGAUGCAGUAGAUGGCUGCUGCUCAGCUUUGGCAGUGCCACUUAUAGAGAGUUCAAGAAAAAAGGAAGCGAUUUGCCAAUGCCCUGCAGACUGUUGAAAUCCUGAAACAUUACUCCAGGCGAAAAGGACGCAUCGGUACUGAGACCCAUGCAGCGGGGGCUUCCAUAGUUGGUGUGUUUAUCCACCGUAAAUGGAAGAGAAGGUGCUGAAAGAGAGCUGUUGGUCAUAACAAAAAAGUAAAUAAAUAAAUAAAUAAAAUCAUACCUGACAGAAAAAAAGAGAUUCCAGCAAGAGAAGCGGAAUCUGUGCGGUUAUUUAUGAAUUAAUCAUAGCUUAUUAAUAAUGAGAGCUGCAGAGAUUCGGAUGACGGCUUCCAUUGGCAGAUGAGACGUAGUGUGGAGAACACGUGUCCAAUUUUUCCUUCAUAUUUUUUCCUCCCUGGUCUGGAUUUCUCACUUGUCACGGCAAGAAAGGAAAACCUAAAAAAACGAGAAUUCUGAGUGGCAUUAUUGCGCACGGCUUUGCCUCUGAUGGACAUCUUGGCUUGCAGUUCCGAAGAGAACAGUUAUAAUAUUCUCCCCUCUGCGGCAGCGAUGCUUUUCCAUGGCCUCCCUGGAGGCGACGUGCACGGUGUGGUGGACGAAAUGGACCGGAGAGGAAAGAGCGAGUCAGCAGCCAUCAGCUCAGCCAUCGAUAUGGGGGAAUCAGAGACGUCUAUGCCGUGUAUGACCAGCGAGCGCGUGGCUCUGUGCGCGGGCUGCGGCAGGAAGAUCGCGGACCGCUACUACCUGCUGGCCGUGGACAAACAGUGGCACAUGCGGUGCCUCAAGUGCUGCGAGUGCAAACUCAACCUGGAGUCUGAGCUCACCUGCUUCAGCAAGGACGGCAGCAUCUACUGCAAGGAGGACUACUACAGAAGAUUUUCGGUGCAGAGAUGCGCUCGGUGCCACCUGGGGAUCUCAGCCUCGGAGAUGGUAAUGCGGGCCCGGGACCUGGUCUACCACCUCAACUGCUUCACCUGCACCACCUGUAGCAAGAUGUUGACCACCGGAGACCACUUUGGCAUGAAGGAUAGUCUGGUGUACUGUCGCCUGCACUUUGAGACUCUCAUCCAGGGAGAAUAUCAGACGCAUUUUAACCACGCGGACGUUGUCCCGCACAAAGGCCUGGGCCCGGCCAACACGCUCGGACUAUCCUACUUCAAUGGCGUAGGGACAGUGCAGAAAGGCCGGCCCAGGAAGAGGAAAAGCCCCGGACCGGGGGCCGAGCUGGCAGCUUAUAACGCAGCACUGAGCUGUAACGAGAACGACGGCGAGUCCAUGGACCGGGACUCCCAGUACAGCUCCAGUCAGAAGACCAAGCGCAUGCGAACGUCCUUCAAGCACCACCAGCUGAGAACCAUGAAGUCAUACUUUGCCAUCAACCACAACCCUGAUGCCAAGGACCUCAAGCAGCUUGCCCAGAAAACCGGUCUCACCAAGCGGGUCUUACAGGUCUGGUUCCAAAACGCUCGGGCCAAGUUCAGGAGGAACCUACUGCGGCAGGAGAGCACCGGGGUGGACAAGGCUUCUGAUGGCUCCACGCUGCAGGGUGGGACACCGUCAGGCCCGGCCUCAGAGAUCUCCAACGCCUCCAUGAGCCCCUCCAGCACUCCCACCACCCUGACAGACUUGACCAAUCCUACCAUGCCCACUGUAACCUCUGUGCUUACAUCAGUACCGGGCAGCAUGGAUGUCCACGAGUGCCGUAGCCCCUCACAGACCACACUGACCAGCCUCUUCUGAUGGCCGGAGACAUUGACCACAGCUUCAGCCCUCCCCACUCCUCCCUCACCUCUGCCCCUCCUUCCUGGAUCUAAAACUGAGCACUGUUGACUCCUUUGAACAUUAAACGGAUUAGAAAAGAGAAGGUAAUGGAAAAAUAAACAGAUUUCAUUUUGCUCUGAGCCCGUUAGAGACUACUUGCAUAGUGAGGUGGCUAAGCCUUACACAUGGAACAGUUGUUGUUAUUUUGAUGUUGUUGUCUUGUUGAGAACUGAGGAGACUUGAUUUGCAUUUUUCAAUGUUUACAGAAAGACUGCGGGGAAAAAGAACUGCUUAAUUUUUGAAAUUUCUUUUUUCCAGCACAGUAUUUAUGUUGUUGUACAAGAGUCACUGUUAGAAGGAUUGUAAAAAAAAUCUUUUUCUGGAAAUCUGAGAUUAAACACAGGUUACAAUAUCCUACAGCUGCCAUGUGCCUUACAGUCUGUU